UAGACAUCAAUAUUUUCAACUCAAGGCGUAAUUUUUUCAAUGUAUUCUCCGUGCUUUGCGCAUACACCCAACACUUUCCACAUCAAUUAUUGACACAUAAAUGGGUUACUUUAUUGUGUAUGUAAAUCCACACCUAUACAACUCUACACCAGACAGAGGUUAAAAUUGACUCCAGUUUCGCGAAGCUAAACACGCUUGCGUCAUACAUUCCUGGAGAGAAUUUGCAACAUUUAUCGCGUAGUUUUGUUUCAUUGUGUGUGAUGAAUUUCCUCACGUUUUUUUAAUUAGAAAGUGUAGUCGUAUUAAGUUAUUCGACUUUGCAGAAUCAUGAUCGUUCCAAGAAACUCAAGAAAGUAGAUAGAAUACUUUUUUUACUCAAGUGCAACAGUCAGAAUUGAGGCCGGAGAAAUAAAUAUUAGAAAUGCUCUUUGGCCGAGUUAUUUCUUAUCAUAGCAGCAGCAGGAAAUCAGCAAUAAAGGGUGGAAGCGAUCAAUUUGUUUACAGAACAUGGCUGGUGAUGACAAUAUAAAUGACAAUAUUUUGCGUGUAGCAGAGGGGGAAUUUUAUGAAAAGAAAAAUAGUCCGAAGGAGGGGAAAAAAUUAAAUCAACCUGCUGUAAUCAAUCGGUCCUUGCAGACACCUUCUCCUACUGGCUAUCGGGAUUAUAAACCACCAGUAGAAGUGCUUACUGGGUAUCAUUCAACACUCCAUAAAACGAAAACUGUUGAUUCUCCCAACAGGAACGCACAAAAAAAUAAAAUCAAAGAACAGGAAUUUACACACAAGACAAUAUUGUUGGGGGACAGCGGAGUUGGAAAAACCUCGCUACUUAUUCAGUUCGAUACGGGAAAUUUUCAACAAGGGAAUUUUGCAGCUACUGUUGGAAUCGGUUUUACAAAUAAACUGGUGUCCGUGGACGGAAACCAAGUCAAACUUCAAAUUUGGGAUACGGCCGGGCAAGAAAGAUUCCGAAGUGUCACCCAUGCCUACUAUCGAGACGCUCAUGCGUUACUCUUACUUUAUGAUAUCACAAAUAAGACGAGUUAUGACAAUAUCAGAGCUUGGCUCGGUGAAAUUCGGGAAUACGCACAUGAUGAUGUGGUCGUGAUAUUACUAGGUAAUAAAUGUGAUUGUGGAUCCCAGCGAGAAAUUUCACGUGAGGAAGGCGAAAGAUUAGGAAGAGAAUAUCAAGUGCCCUUCAUGGAGACCUCCGCCAAAACUGGAAUUAACGUUGAAGUUGCAUUUCAUGCCAUUGCUAGGGAGUUGAAAGCACGCACAAAAGUGGGGAAAGAAGAUCCUAAUGAAAACAAAUUCAACGUACACGAUUACGUUCGUCAACAAUCAUCUAAUCAAUCCAGUUCUUGCCUCAAUACAAAUUGCAUCACAACUUGAAGAUUCACUUAUCACGGAAUACCCGAUUAACUAUGUAUAUAUUUAUGUGUGUAAUUAUGUGGUGUAAAUACUAUAUGCAUUUCGCCAGGUGAGGCAUGAAUAAAAAAAA